UCCUAAUAAUUUCACUGUCGAGCUAAUGAUAGAUAUUAGAUUUUAGCCCUUCGUCUAAUAUCAUGGCCAGUCAUCACUCAGAACAUUUCUUCAUCUCAAAAUAUCUCAUGACAUGUGUAUUUAUGUGUUUUUUCCAGUUACAUGGUGAAUGUGACAGUGGUAUCCAUCAAAUCUAGCAGUAAUGAAUGGCAGUCAAAAGAGCAUUCAAAUUGUCUAUUCCACCAAAACCAUGUUUAUUAUUAUAAUUAAUUUAUGUUUUGUUCUUCACCCAACUUGCCACAUGAAUGACACAGUGGUGAUGUUCAUGUAAAAAAAGGAGUUUCCAAACUAGUGCAGAAAGUCCCAGCCUUUGUUUCCAAAUUUACAUCGAAAAUGUGAACAUGAUUUAAACAUGAUUACUAGAAGAAUCUGUGCCAAAUUUUUGCCUUUGUGGAAAAGCUAAGCAUCUCAGAAAUGCCAGCAGAAAAUCCUAUGGCUUUGCAUAUUCAAAAUGUGAACAUGAUUUAAACUAGAUCAUUUAAGCUCAAUUACUUUGCUUUUAACUCUGCUACUGAAAACGGCAAGAUGAGCUGACCGUAUCUUUCUGAUUUUUUUUUUCGUUUUGUCAUAGUCAGCAAAAACACGGAACUGGCCUUUUUAUUUUACAGCUUUUUUCAUCACUCAAAGAUAAACAUCCGCAUCUCAGAAAUGCCAGAAGAAAUGGGCUCUGCAAAUGAAAAAUCAUCAUCAUCAUCAUCAUCAUCAUCAUCAUCAUCAUCAUUUUCAAACAGCACUCAGGCGAUAGACAACAACUGGUGCACAGAUUACCCCACUGCUACUGUAAUCUUCUCAACAAUAUCUGGGAUCUGUUUCCUCUUGGGAUUUCCAGUCAGUCUGUGGGUCCUACACGAGCUCCUCCAGAGACAAAGACAAAGAUCCACCAGUGACGUCUUCAUGCUCAGCCUGGCGGUUAUCGAUCUGAUUUUCACAGCACAGAUCCCAUUCAGUGUAUGUAAUUUCGGAAUAUGGCAUAUUAAGGAACUACAAUUUAUUUUACAAAUCAUCUACAGCUUAAGCUUUAAUGGUAGACCUCUGUUUAUGGCUUGCAUUUGUUUGGACUGUUAUGUUGCUGUGGUUUACCCCAUAGUGUACAAAACCAGUAAGAAACUCGCUGCAAUUAAGAAGGCAAUCGCAAUAACAAUCUUUUUCACUAUACUAGGUUGUGGAUUGAUUAUGCUUACUUUAAAACGGCUAAUUACAACUACUUUUAUUGCCAUCUCUUUAAUCAUGGCACUGCCAGUUAUUGCCUUUUGUGAUAUUUCCAUACUUCGAGCCCUGACAAAACCAGAUCCAACAGGAAAGAGCAAAAUCCAUCCACAGAAGAAACAAGCUCUUCACACCAUCUCUAACAGCUUCAUCAUGACAUUUGUUGUCUAUCUGCCACCAGCGAUCAUUUUCUCAUUUGGAAACCUGAUGCCACUUAGAGAUAUCGAACGCUUUUGUUUUUUAACCACAUAUGGAAUUUGUUUUUCCACAGUUGGGUGUGUCAUUAUGCCUGUUCUAUACCUCAUCAGUGUCGGUAAGCUGGACACUUUUAAGAACUGGUGGAAUCGAUAAAGUACAUAAAGUAUAAUGGAGCACUUUCCACUUUUCUAUUCAUUUUUAUUCAUUUCAAAUAUUCCUGUAAUAAGUGACGCAUUGACAUUACUGUAAUACUAUAUUAGCCUAGUAAUACUAUAGUAAUGCUAUAGUGAUAAAGUAAGCAAAUAUAGUAUAAUAAUUAUAGUUGUAGAUAUAAUCUAUCGGAAAAUUAUACAAUCAAAUAAUUCAGACAUGCCUUGUAUACAUGCAUUGUGUCUAAAUAAUGAGUUGUGAGUAGUGUGUGUUCUAAUGUACAGCUAGAUUUUUUUUCUCUCCCAAAAACAAUCAGGAUUUACUUCGACUUCAUGAGAAUAAAGACAACAGGAAAAUAGUACAGCUUAUACAUUUUCAUUAAAGUUAGUGCUUUCCCACAGCACUGCUGAAUUCUCAAAUCUAAAUGUGCAGUAGCAUAGGCUGCAACUUUUAUAUUAAUGUGCUUGUUUUAAUACAUUAUCAUUUCUAUACUAACAGCUCAUUCACAGAUACUUGUAUGUGUUCCAUGUAAUCUAACCCCAAUAAUAAAAUAUGGUAUUAUUCAUAUGUUGAGAAAACAUAUUGUUUACACAAUUGUUUAUGUGGUGUUUUCUGUGAGGAGAUGUGCAAUUAACAUUUUUGGAAGGAGUCUCCACUGCCAGCGUGUUUUGACAGUCAGAGGUAAAGCUGUUUCUAUAAGUUUUCUGCCACUAGAAAGUCAUCAUAACGUACUCGGUUACUUACAUAACCUUGGUUCCCUGAGAUAUGGGAACGAGUACUGCUUCGCUAGACGCUAUGGGGAAAAACCCCUUUUUCUCCAAUGACUCAAGCCUUUUCAAUCACGCAGUGAAACUGCACGGCCAUUGGUUCGUGCAGUGCAAUAAAGCGAACCAAUGGCUCGGCAGAGGAACUGCACGCACCUAUGGCAAGGAGGCCUGCCAGAAUGGGCGGAGCCAUCUGGCUAUAUAAGCGGGCAUAGCUCCAUAGGAUCUCAGAUCAAUUCGAGUGAAGCGACGACCCUGAGUUGUGCAACGUUCUGGCACAGCCUGCAACGCAGUACUCAUUCCCGUAUCUCAGGGAACCGAGGUUACGUAAGUAACCGAGUACAUUCCCUUUCGAUACUACACUCGUACUGCGUCGCUAGACGCUAUGGGGAACCAAUACAAUCACGCCGUGCCAAGAAAAUGGAACGACUGGCAUGAACCAGCCUUGAGCGACUAAGGCUCAGAGCGACCAGCAUAAGCAGGGUGCACCCUGCGAGAGACCUAAGGGCUGAGCUCACCGAGGUCAACCCAGCCUAGGAUAAUUGUUCCAAAAUAAUACUGUGCUGUGUCAGCACUCCCGAAAGGGCAAAGAAAGCACAAGGAAUCCGCCUGUCAUAACCGGCGUGUGUCUCUCAGGCAGAUAGGAUCCGAGCCUGCAAGGCUGGAAUGUCCAGGCUAUAAAACCUGGCGAAUGUGGACGGCGAGACCCAGCCGGCCGCCACACAAAUGUCUGCCAUGGACACCCCGCUAGACCAUGCCCACGACGAGGCCACGCCCCGAGUGGAAUGGGCUCUCACUCCUAUGGGGCUCGGGAGGCCCAGGGAGGAGUAUGUUAGUGCAAUAGCGUCAACUAGCCAUCAAGAAAUUCUCUGCUUUGUGACCGGAGACCCUUUGGUGCAGCCGCCAAACCCUUUGGACAACCUUCCUUCUGUGGACAAUGCCCAUGGUUAUGCCCUGCUUGAACCAUUGGGGUUCCUUCCAAGGGGCCAGAGCCGCUACGCAGGCCUGGGUCACCCUGAUGCGAAGGUAACCGUGACGCCACGCGCUGGGUGGCACUUGUGGUUUCAACCAGUACUGAAGAGGUCUCAUGCAGCGCAGGCCCUGCCGUAGUACUGGUGAUGCGGAGGCCAUGAGGCCUAGCAUCCUUUGGAACAUCUUCAGGGGGCGAAGAGCUCCAAUUUUGAAGGAUGCCGCGAGCUGCUGUAUGACUAGCGCACCUUCUGGUGCGACUGCAGCCCUCAUGUGGACUGAGUCGAAAACUGCCCCCAGGAACGAAGUUCGUUGGCUGGGGAACAGUGAGCUCUUGGUGAAAUUGAUCCUGAGUCCUAGGCACUCCAAGUGGCUGAGGAGGAGGGAUCUGUGAGACACUAGCUCGGCCUCUGACUGGGCUAAAAUGAGCCAGUCGUCGAGGUAAUUCAGAAUGCGGAUUCCGUUCUGUCUCAGAGGAGAAAGAGCCGCAUCUAUGCACUUCGUAAAAGUACGAGGAGCCAGGGACAGUCCGAAGGGCAGGAUUGUGUAUUGAUAAGCCACUCCCUCGAAGGCAAAUCUCAAGAAUCGUCUGUGAUGGGGGGCUAUCUGGAUGUGAAAGUAUGCGUCUUUCAGGUCCA